ACGUCGACACGCACAGUUCCUCUCUCUCUCUCUCUACGCGGACAGGACGAAUCCCCUUCUCUCUCUCAUCAUCGGACGACCGUCCGGCGGCACUCGGAGGCGAUAAGUCCUUCCACCCGAAGCCUCGGCCGUGGCGUCGCACAGAGGCAUAAAUUAGCAUAGAAUCUUUUCCUUUGGGAAUUAGCAAAGGGUUGAAGGCGUUGGCUUUCCAAUCGGAUCGGGCUGUACCAGAUGGCAGAGAAGGCAUGUGUGAGACGCCUUCAGAAGGAGUUCCAAGAUCUUUGCAAGGAACCACCUCCGCAGAUUGUGGCUCAUCCUUCUCCCAGUGAUAUUUUGGAUUGGCAUUUUGUUCUUGAAGGAAGUGAAGGGACACCAUUUGCAGGUGGAUAUUACUAUGGGAAACUGAAAUUUCAACCUGAUUAUCCAUACAAGCCUCCCAGUAUCAGCCUGAUAACGCCUAAUGGACGAUUUGCCACUAAUAAAAAGAUCUGCUUGUCUAUGAGCGACUAUCAUCCUGAGUCCUGGAAUCCUAUUUGGUCUGUCUCAAGCAUAUUGACAGGACUUCUUUCGUUCAUGAUGGAUGAUCACCAGACCACUGGUAGCAUUAAGACUUCGGAUGAUGAAAAGCGACAACUAGCCAAGGCUUCGCUUGCUUAUAAUUGUGAGAGUAAAAAUUGUUCAAACUUUAGGAAGCUUUUUCCGGAAUACGUAGAGAAGUACCAGCAACAACAGGCUCUGCUGCAGUCUAUCUCAGGACUGCAGACAAAGGAUGACUCGAGGCCUCCUUCGACCGUGGCCGAAGAAUCUGCAAAACAAGGUGAAAACAGAAAGGUCGCGCACGAUGCCCCUAAAGGAAGGCAGAGGAAGCAAUUUCCCUUGUGGCUACUGCUGCUGGUAGUGUCUGUCUUUGGUGGUGUUAUGGCCUUGCCCCUCCUACAGCUUUGAAUUAUAGCUAGAAAUUACUCGAUGAUGAAAUCUAGCUCUGGCAUAAACUUUUUCACAUGGAAUGGUACAGAAAUUUUUGGGUUGUGUAGUGAUGUUUAAUAUAUUUGGUCGGAGAUGCGUAGUAGAGUCCUUUAUAUGCUUGCGUCCUUCCAGUUCUCUAAAGCAAAGAUAUAAAUCUCAGUUCCAUGCA